UCAAAUCAGUUUUCAAUCACGUUUCUUUUCGUCGUCUCUGUUGAGUUGGGAAAAAAACGGCUAUUUGUUUUUUAGAUUAUCUGGUAAAAACACAACGCGACAGCAAAAACGCUUUCCAUGAUGACUUGUCGGUGGCGCGUGCGUAGAGGGGGGGUUAUAACAAGUAAGUGAAGUUCGUAGUUCAUUUUUAUUUGAUAGACUUCGACAUGUAUGAGCCGGACACGACUGCGAUCCUUGCCGGCGACGAGGAAGUGAAAGCCUACGGCUCAAACUUCUCGCUCGGACAUGAGGAGGACACCGAGCUGCCGCCGCCGCCGCCGCCGACGUCUCGGCCCUCGGGACCGCCGUUUGCGUGCCCGCUUCCGGUGUCCGUGGAGCCCGUCAUGUUCCUGUCCGUGUUUGCGGUGGUUCUCCAAGCACCGCUAAUCACGCAGUAUCUGUGGGACCGAAUUAGUGAGGACGUCGGCUACAAUGCUUCCAAGAGGUCGGAGUGCGGCAACAGCUCCGCGGGGCCAAAUGCUCUUUAUAAGGAGGUUGAAACCCUGACAGCACACUGGAACCUCUACAUCAGCCUUGCGGGCUUUUCUGUCGGCUUGCUGGUGGUGCCCCUCCUGGGCUCGUGGAGCGACUCUGCAGGCCGCAGGCCAGUCCUCAUCAUCCCCAACCUAGGCCUGGCCAUGCAGAUUGUGGUCUACCUGGUGGUGAUGUACCUCAAGCUGCCUGUGGCCUACUUCCUUGUGGGCCGGCUGCUCAGUGGACUUUCGGGGGAUUUCAAUGCUAUACUGGCUGCCUGCUUUGCAUAUGUGGCCGACACGACUGACAGAAAAGGCCGCACUUUCAGAGUGGCCGUCUUAGAGGCUUGUAUUGGCCUCUCAGGGAUGUUUGCCAGCAUUAUUGGAGGUCACUGGAGGCGGAUGCAAGGCUACAUCAACCCCUUCUGGUUGGUCCUGGCGACAAGCCUGGCGUCGGCUCUGUAUGCUUUUCUGUUCGUCCCCGAGUCUAUCGAGAAAGACCCCAACGCCAAGCUUAUCACCAUUCGCCACCACAAAGCCGUGUGGCACAUUUUCUCCACCGGUGCUAGCGAGGGUGGCGGAAGGUUCCCGAGAUGCAAGCUGUGGCUCUACAUGCUCUGCUUCUUCCUGGUGGUGAGCGUCCACAUCGGGAGCCGUGAGCUGUACGUUCUGUACGAGCUGAGCCCGCCGCUGUGCUGGGGACCGACGUUCAUCGGCUACGGCUCGGCAGCUUUGCACUUGUGCUACCUGUCCAGCCUGCUGGGAUUGAAAGUCAUGCUGCGCUGGUUGGAGGACUCAUGGGUGGCCGUCAUUAGUCUGGUCUCCAACAUCACUGGGCUGCUGGUUUUCUCUGUGGCGGACAGCACUCUGCUCAUGUUCACAGGUUAUGGUUUGUUAUUCUUCUUUGUGGCUGCUACACCUGUGCUCAGGUCCAAGCUGUCCAAGCUGGUGAGCCAGUCUGAACAAGGUGCCCUCUUUUCCUCUGUGGCCUGUGUGGAGAGCUUGUGUUACCUCGUGGGCAGUGGCGUUUUCAACUCCGUCUAUCCCGCCACAUUGCACUUAAUGAAGGGCUUCACCUUCCUCUUUGCUGCUAUCGUCCUCCUCAUCCCAGCCGGAAUAAUUGGGAGCUUGCGUUGUUUAGAGAUGAACGAACGCGGCGACUCCACAACGUCGUGACCUGCAGUCGGACCAUGAAUUAAAGAUGGGAAGUUAACCCUGUGGGUGUUUUUGGGGUGAGCAUCUCAAAUAGAGACACGGGAUCACUGUGUGGCAAAGGGAAGAACACAUUUUACUUGAAAGAGUCAGGGACAACAGAUUAGUGAUUAAGUUCACUAAAAUUUAUCCUGCCAAUGCAAAAAGCCAAUGAAGGGAAAACUUUAUAUGCUUUUUAUGCUUUUAUUUUGGGGCAUUAUGAAUCAUCAAAGUGCCC